UACUAAAUUUUUAGCUAUAGAGACAAAUGAAGAAAAUCCACAAAAAAGAAAUGCAGAUUUGGCAGAAAUAGAGAAUAGUUCAGGAUCAGAAGAAUAUGCAACAAAUAAAGUAGGAAAAAGUAACAGCCACUAUGAAGCUAUUUGUUAUUAUUGUGUUCCUAAAAAAUCUUGGGCAAGGGGAAAACCAGCAAAAUUAGAAGCGCAUUUGACAAAUGAAUGCCCUAAUUGUCCCAAAACUAUUUCGCGAUAUUGGCGAGAAAAAGUAGCAACAAGGAAUUCUAACUAUAUACAAAAAAGAACAUCAACAACCUUACCAAAUCAACCGGCAAUAACAUCUCAUUUUUUAUCUGAUCAUCCAUUACCAAAAGCUGCAAUUAAUCAUCUUGAUCAAAAAAUAACUAAGGCUUGGGUAAUAGCAGGAAUUCUUUUUGAAAUUAUCGAAAAUCCAUUUAUUAAAGAUAUGUUUAAAGAGUUUUUACUGGCAUACAAUUCACUAUCAAGAACAACUUUAUCAGACCAGUUACUAGAUAAGGAAAUAGCACGAAUAAAUUGUGCAGUUGAUAAUGAUAUUGAUAAAGCCGAUCAUUUAACCUUAGAUUUUGUCAGAACACCUGAUUAUCCUACAACCUUGUUAAUUAAUGAUAUCAUUGACUUGGAAAUUGAAGAAAAUUCAGAAUCUUCCAUAGCAGAAACGUCUUGA